UACGUCCAUGAGUUACUAUAAAAAAAAAAGAAACAGGCUUUUGCAGUAUAUGACACAUUGAGUGCCUUUAAAGCUAGAUCUGAAGGAAGUAUUAGAAACAAAUUAGAGUUGUGGUUAGUUAAAUAGAAUAUUCCCUUUUUUAUUUAUCCACAUCUGCUGCUACUUUAUGCUACAUUUCAGCUUCCCGAGGACUAUAUAAAGUAGCAGGGAGGGAGUGAAAAUGAGUAGCAAUAAGAUAGACGCCAUGGAAAAUAAUGAGAAAACAACAAGUUUUAGAGAUGAUGAUAGUGAGAAAGAGCCUGAAAUUAACUACAGAGGAGUGAAGGCCAUGCCAUUUAUUAUAGGAAAUGAAACCUUUGAAAAACUUGGAGCAAUUGGCACACUUUCCAACCUGUUGAUUUAUCUCACAUCAGUUUUCAACAUGAGCCACAUCUCCGCCACAACUCUGAUCAAUGUCUUUAAUGGAACCACCAAUUUUGCCACUUUGCUUGGAGCUUUCCUCUCUGAUACUUACUUUGGUCGUUACAAAACACUGGGAUUUUCAUCCAUUACUUCAUUUCUGGGGCUGUUUGUGAUAGCAUUAACAGCAGUAUUCAAGAAGCUACAUCCUCCUCACUGUGAUUCGAAAGAUAUCAGCCAAUGCAUAGGACCAACAGGGUGGCAAAUGGCAUUCUUGUUGAGUGGAUUUGGGCUACUGAUCAUAGGUGCAGCUGGGAUUAGGCCAUGUAACUUAGCUUUUGGUGCAGACCAAUUCAAUCCCAAGACAGAAUCUGGCAAAAGGGGUAUUAAUAGUUUCUUCAACUGGUACUUUUUCACCUUAACAUUUGCUCAAAUGGUGUCUGUUACACUCGUGGUUUACGUGCAAUCCGACAUUAGCUGGUCCAUAGGAUUAGCCAUUCCUGCAAUCUUCAUGUUGAUUUCAUGUUUCCUCUUCUUUGGGGGCACUAAAAUUUAUGUCAAAGUGAAACCAGAGGGCAGCCCAUUGACAAGUGUAGCCCAGGUUCUUGUGGUUUCUAUCAAGAAAAGAAGGCUAAAAUUGCCAGAGCAACCAUGGAAAUCUCUGUUCAAUUAUACUCCUCGCAAGUCUAUCAAUUCCAAGCUUCCUUACACUCAUCAAUUCAGGUUUCUUGACAAGGCUGCAAUAGUGACACCAGAAGACCAAAUAAAAUCAGAUGGAUCAGCAGCCAAUCCAUGGAACCUAUGCAGUAUGCAGCAAGUGCAAGAAGCUAAAUGUGUUGUAAGGAUAAUUCCUAUUUGGGCUGCAGCAAUUGUAUACCAUAUUGCAAUAAUUCAGCAGCAACAAUUUGUUGUCUACCAAGCCCUUCAAUCAAACAGACACCUUGGCAACAGCAACUUCCAAAUUCCAGCCGCAACUUACACUAUUUUCUCCAUGUUAAGUCUCACUCUUUGGAUACCCAUAUAUGACCGUAUCGUCGUCCCAUUACUCCGAAGAAUCACUGGAAAAGAAGGUGGCAUAACUAUCCUUCAAAGAAUGGGAUUUGGUAUAUUCCUAACUGUUCUAUCAUCCCUCGUAUCUGCAUUCAUCGAGGAACGAAGGAGAAAACUGGUUUUCACAAAUCCAGCAUUAGGGCUACAUUCAGAAAGAGGAUUGGUUUCUUCCAUGUCAGCUCUAUGGUUGGUUCCUCAGCUAUCCUUAGCAGGACUUGCAGAGGCAUUUUGUGCCAUUGGACAAGUGGAAUUCUACUACAAGCAGUUUCCAGAAAAUAUGAGAAGUAUCGCGGGGGCUUUCUUGUUCUUGGGAAUGGCUGCUUCCAGUUACUUGAAUAGUUUCUUGAUCUCUAUAGUGCACCACACAACAGGAAAGGCGAAAACCGGUAACUGGCUACCGGAAGACCUUAACAAGGGGAAAUUGGAUUACUUCUAUUUCUUGAUUGCAGCAUUGGGGAUCCUUAAUGUUGUUUACUUCAUAAUAUGUGCUAGGUGGUACAAGUACAAGGGAAGUGAUGACACCAGCAGCAUUACAUUGGAAAUGGAAAGGAAAAACGUUGAGAAACACUUCGUAUGACAUAAAUUUAAGGAUAAAACCAGCUGAAUAGCAUGUUAUACCAAUUGUUAACAGCCAUUUGGGUUGAAAGUUGUAAUAGAAAAGCUAAGAACAAAAUAGCCUCCAUUAAUAUCACUUCUAAUAAAAUUUAAAUGGGAGGAAGCGUGUGGAA